CAUGCGCAUGCGCACCGCUGUCAUCAGAGAUGGCGCUGCGUGAAGGAUCCCGGAGGUUAAAGCUGCUGUUCCGCCUUCGUCAUUUACCCCAGCUCUCUCGGUUUGUUAGCGUCCGCUCGGUAUCUGAAAAUGUCUCAUCUAAAUCCAGUGCCUCAGAGACCGCGGACGACCACCUAAUCUACACACCAGAGCACUUUGCGUUAAAGGAGGCCUUGAGAAAGAUCAUCGACCAGGAGAUCAACCCUUAUGUGGAUCAGUGGGAAGCAGAUGGGAUAUUUCCAGCCCACAAGAUCUUCAAGAUCUUGGGAAACGCUGGCUUCCUUGGAGUCAACAAGCCAGUUGAGUAUGGAGGCUUGGGACUUGACUUCAGCUACAGUGUUGCCAUGGCGGACGAACUGGGGAACAUCCGCUGUGGAGGCAUCCCCAUGGCGAUCGGCGUCCAAACCGACAUGACAACUCCAGCAUUAGCCCGGUUUGGCUCCGAUGAGCUCAAGAAAGAGUUCCUCCUUCCGUCAGUCAUGGGCGACAAAGUGGCUUGUCUUGGGGUCAGUGAGGUUGGAGCUGGCUCUGAUGUCUCAAGCAUCAAGACCAAGGCUGUGAGGAAAGGGGACGAGUAUGUGAUUAACGGGGGGAAAAUGUGGACCACCAACGGUACUCAGGCUGACUGGAUGUGUUUGCUUGCAAACACCAGUGAUGGGCCCCCUCAUAAGAACAAAUCUCUCAUCUGUUUGCCCAUGAAUCUGCCAGGGGUCCACAUUGCCCGUAAGAUUGAUAAAAUGGGAAUGUGGUCAUCAGAUACAGCUGAAGUGUUUUUUGAUGAUGUCCAUGUGCCCUGCAAGAACGUCAUCGGAGAAGAAGGCAUGGGCUUCACCUAUCAGAUGCUGCAGUUCCAGGAAGAGAGGCUCUGGGCGGUGGCCAACAUUGUGACCACUAUGGAAAAUAUCAUCCAGGAGACCAUCCAGUACACACGGCAGAGGAAGAUCUUCAAGCUCCCCGUCCUUUACCACCAGACCGUUCACUUCCGGCUGGCUGAGCUGCAAACCGAGGUGGAGCUGCUUCGCUCCCUCCUGCAUCGGGCAACAGCGUUGUACAUUAAAGGGAACGACGUUACAAAACUGGCAUCCAUGGCCAAAUUAAAGGGGGGCCGCCUGGCCAGAGAACUGAGUGACAGCUGUCUUCAGUACUGGGGAGGCAUGGGCUUCACCAGUGAUGUGAUGGUUAGCAGAUUUUACAGGGAUUCCAGGUUAUUGUCCAUCGGCGCCGGGGCUGAUGAGGUGAUGCUGGGAAUAAUCUGCAAGUUCAUGGACACUUUACCCCGGAAGUGAUGUCAUUUGCAGCAGAUUCCUGCUCAGACGAUGAUAAUUAAUACAAGAGUGCAAUUUUAAACCAUCCUGACCUGUUCAGAUAUUUGUAAAAAAAAAAUUAGUUUGGAAAUCUCUUGUAAUUGUUUGCUUCUUUUAUUGAUGAAGUUAUGUUAAACGCUUUGAACACAUCCAGCAUGGAAACACAAACGAUGCCAUAAAAUCUGUUUUUAUUUACAUUUUUACUCAAGAAUGAAGGUCUCUGUGGUGAUUUACAAUGUCAGGUGAUGUAAUACAGACGUGUCCCUUAUGUGCUGCACUGUGUGUGUCCACAUUUAUGGGACUGAACAGUUGAAAUAAGAUUGACAUAAUUUUGUAUAACAAAUGUUUAUGCUCAUAGUUUGUAAAUCAGUGGCAGAAGAAUUAAAAUAGCAAAAAACAA